AUGGCCGCCGAAAAUUUUAUCCGUGAUCUUUCAAAAUAUCUAUUCGCUGGUAACUUGUCGGAUCUUACCUUGACCUUUGGUGAGAAGAGCUGGCAGAUCCACAAAGCUCUCGCCUGCUGUCAUUCUACAUGGUUUGAGAAGGCUGUUAUUAUUAUUAUUAUUAUAUUUCCAUUUGAGAAGGCUGUUAACUCUGGCUUCAAAGAAUCGCAGAGCGGAGUGAUCACUCUAAACGAUGAUCCUGAAUUCGCUAAUGCUAUUGACUGUAUCGUGUCGUAUUUUUACAACGCCGGUUACAACGCUUCUCAGUACGACAUAUCCGAAUCUCUCCUUCAUGCCCAAGUUGCUACUAUGGCUGACAAGUACGACUGCGCAUCGCUCUACAAGCUUGCAAGAACUUCAUUUGCAGGCACUGUAUAUGCUAUCGAGAGCAAUGACUGGAUUGCCGUUGCUGCCUUUAUCUACAAUUGCACGACAACCGAUUCGCCAGCUCAUCAGGAGUUGCGCGGUUUGGUCGUCGCCGCCGUUGCAAAACGUCCUAGUGUGUUGAAGUCGAUCCUUCAAAUGGAACACGAAUCAGGACUUCUCCGUUCAACUGCAGAUUUGGCGAUCGACCUCCUACUCAUUAGGCCGUAUAUUUGGGCUGGUUGA